GUACAAAUUUGAAGUGGCGGCCUGGCGACUUCGCUGCCUAUAAUCUGCAAUGAAGUGAUGAUAGGAGUGGCAUAGGUUACGAUCGUUUUGUUUAUACUGUACUGUACGGUCAUGCCCCACCGAACUGUCUAUUGAGAGUGACGCGAUCACACACUGCUCCACCCCUGUCAAAGGGGACAAAAAAACUUUCCUCAUUUAGUACGCGUUUCUUAUCAAGUGUUCUUGGGGACAGUCCGCUUGUCCACGACAACAGCUGAGUUCAUAGCAAAACGACUAGAAAAUAGAAGGGUUUGAUUUUUCAAGUUGAAACAAAGUUUGGGAAUGUGAGAACUCACCGCUUAGCAGCGCGUGUGUGUUUUCCCAACUGUUCGUCAUCAUGAUUCGACUGCCGUGCCAUGAAGCUCUGAGGACGUUUCUGGUCGUCUGUGUCAUUUUUAAGGGUCAGCAGGCACAACCCGACUGUGGCAAAACCUGCACCUUUAAAGAGGGGACCAUAAUUGUGACAACCACCUCCAUCAGCUUCCCAUUAAGCAACUGUACCAUCUACAUGGGGAAUGACACCAAAUCUAUCUUCACUCCCGGAACAACAUACGUCUUGAAUGUCACAUGUACAGAGGAAACCUGCUGUGGAAACUUUACAACAACUCCCAUCAAGAACCUCUCGGCCUCUGACAUCACACCCUCAACUGUGUUUCUGAACUGGACUGAGCCAGCGGGAAACAGUUCCUUCUAUAUAGUAGAGUGGAAUAAUGGAAUUGAAACCACGAAUGCAAUUACUACAAAAAGAAGUUUUAAUGUUACAAACCUGACACCUGGAGUGGGUUACACAUUCACAGUCAUAGCUUUUGUUGUGGCUGAGGAUAACCAAACUGCAGGACAGGACACCAAUGUGACGGUGUAUACAAAACCGGACGUUGUCAUGGCACCCGUAAUAACGUCGAGCAAAUAUUCCCUGCACCUGAACUGGGCCAACCCUUCAGGACAGACAGCAGGGUACAAGGUGUUGUGGAACAAUGUAUCCCUGUUCACACAAGCUGUCUCUGCAAACAUAACAGGACUGAUUCCAGGAACUCAUUACACUGUCAAGAUCAUUGCCCUGGCCCAGGACAACAUUACCCAAGGGGCUCCGUACACCAGGGCACUUUACACAAAUCCCGAUGAUGUCACUAACCUUUUAGUGAGCAACAUCACCACUUCGUCUGUGUGGCUAAAUUGGAAUUCUAGCCUGGAGAGAAGCUUUUUCAGAGUGGAGUGGACCUCUGGCAACAAGACUGGUCAGAAAAACACCAGUGAAACAUCCGUCAGCAUAUCUGGGCUGGUCGCUGGCUUCCAGUACACCUUCAAAGUAACGGCAGUGGCUGGUAACAACAUCACCGAGGGGAACAGUGGCACAACAACCUCAUUCGUCAAGCCUGAGAGACCUGCCAACAUCAGCGUUGUUGGUCGAGGUACCAGCUAUCUGUAUGUGGAGUGGAUCCUGCCAGCUGGAAGAGUAGAUGUAUUCGCUGUCAGCCUCUCCAAUGAGGCUCUAAAGCCAAUGACAACCAAUCAAAACAUUUCUAAUGUGAAGAAGGAGGCCAACUUCACUGACCUUCAGCCUGGCAGGCUGUAUCUGCUCACAGUCACUUCUAUCGCUGGAUCUUUCAGCAGCCAGACAGACGGAGAUCAGAUUGCCACUGUUCCCAGUCCUCCUGGUGCCAUCCUUCUCCUUUCCAAGACUAGCACAUCUCUGACUGUGCAGUGGGCCCUCCCUGUUUCUAUGGAGACAGCUCCAAACAUCACCUAUAAUAUCACCUACCAGUCCUCAAGUAAUAUCCAGAGUGUAUCUUCCAAAAACAACAGUUAUGUCCUCAGUGGACUAGCAUCCGGAACUCUCUACAACAUCACCGUGGUGACCGUGGGACCUCAGGGGUUUACGAGUACCCCUGUUCAGAACUCAUCGUUCACCUUGCCCAACCCUGUGUUGAGUCUUCGAGCCACACUGAAGAAUACCUCCUCAGUUGUUCUGGUGUGGGACCUCCCUCUCUCUGCCCAGUCCUACUACACCUACAGAGUCCAAAUCCUCAACAAACCCAAGGCCAGCUUUACCUCCGUCAGCAACACCACCUUUCUGGUCCAUGAUUUAGAACCCGGUACCGGCUACAACUUUACUGUCACCACGGUAGCAGGACAGGAUAGUGAAGCCACUCCUCAGCUACUGUUCAGCUACACAAAGCCCAUGGCGGUCACUAACCUUACGGUGGUGGAGUCAAACAUCACUACCAUCAGACUGAGCUGGUCCCAGCAGGGUGACCACAAACCAAGCUACUCAUACCUGGUGAACAUCAAUGGGACUUCUGUGAAUCGGAGCCUAAACACCACGGAUGAAAACUACCUACUGACUGAUCUUGUCCCUGGAAGCCCUUAUACCAUUGCUGUGGUUGUCGUUGUAAAGACGGUCAUGUCUGACCCAACAACUACAAACAGCUACACAUAUCCUGGGAUAGUGACAGGCAUCGUUGCUAUAGGAACAACUACCACCCUGAGUGUCACCUGGCUGAGACCAACAGGACAGGUGGAGUUCUACACGGUCCAGCUGGACGACGAGGGUGUCACAAAAAACACCACCCUCACCCAAACCAACACCUCCAACUACUUGUUUGAGAACCUUAUUCCGGGUCAACUUUACACAGUCACAGUGUUCACGCAGAGCGGCCCACACCGUCAAGAAUCAGCUGCAGUUCAAAACGCAACAUUUCCCAACCCACCUGGAUCCGUCAUAACUGUGGAACCAACGACUUCAUCCAUCAAUAUCAGCUGGACCCGGCCGGACCAGAUGGUGGCUGAACGUUACAACUUCUCUGUGCAGAUCAACUCAAGUACAAAGAACAGUACCAGCAACAACUGGUUCCAGUUUCUGAAACUCAAAUCGGGAACUCUCUAUUCCAUCUCCGUGACGACAGUCGGGGCGCUUGGCUACGAGAGUUCAAUGUUGACGAAAGCAAUAUCCACCAAGCCAUACCCUGCGAGUAACCUGACAGCGAACAGUGUCAACAUCACCACCGUGUUCCUGACCUGGGACCAGACAGAGAGACAGCAGGGCUACAUCUACCAGGUAGAAACGGCCAACUCCAACGGCUCGCCCUUCAUCUCCCACAACGUCACCGCCACAACCAUAACCAUCCCUGAGCUUCAGUCAGGGAGCGCCUACACCUCCACUGUCACCACAACAACCCAGGACAGCACCAUGGCAACCCCUGUGAAAGUGUCCUACUUCACACGACCAUUUAACAUUAACAAUUUAACCGCCACCACUCUGAAUACGACGGCUGUGAAUCUGACAUGGGACAAACCGUUGCAGUACCAGAGCAGUUACACCUACAGGAUCACCAUCCUGGGGUGUGUGUCGGCCCCCAAAAACUACACAGUGACUCGUGAAGGGGAUGUAUUUGUUGACCUCUUACCUGGAAACAACUGCACAUUCAGCGUUUCCGUCAUCACAAGGAACGCCACUGAGGGAGAUGCUGUUCUCACCUACCAGUACACAAAACCUGAGGUGGUCCAGCUCAACAUCAGCAACACAGGAAGCAACAGCUCUGUCCGGGUGUCCUGGAGUCCUCCCCCAGGGAGGGUGGAGCAGUACGUGGUGGUCCUGAGCACAGAUCGUGGGCCCCCCUUACGAGAGUCUCUAAACUCCUCCUCGACAUUCAGGAACUUCUACGAGUUAAAUCCAGCCACAGAAUACAAUGCCACGGUGACCACGAUUAGCGGACCUUUCAACGCGACGUCAGGACCCGUUACCACGGCGACGUUUCCAAAUCCACCUGGACCCAUAAGUAUCUUGACCAAGACCACCAGCUCCCUGUCUCUGCGCUGGGAGGAAGCCCCUCUGAUGAGCAACAGCUCCUUCAAGUACAUUGUGACGUACACAUCACCAGGGAACGGAGACAAGAGCGUCACAACCGCUAACCAGACGACCAACCUCACUGGCCUGGAGUCAGGGACUCCAUACACCGUUUCCGUGGUAACACUGGGGCCAUUGAUCCUUAGGAGCAAGGCGGUGCAGAUGAACGUCACUACGCGUCCAGAAAGGAUCUCGGGUCUGAAUGUAACUGAGAUAGACGAGAAGAAGGUCACCCUGCAGUGGAUGAAGCCUACAGGUGACAAACCAGGCUACAAGUACGCCGUGAACUGGACACUCUCCACAGAACCCAAGGAAACAUCAGAUACCACCACAGUCAUCACGGGCCUAGUUCCUGGGACGAAAUACACCUUCAGUGUUACCACACAGACAGCUGACGGAACAGAAGGAGCUCCAGUCAGCAUCACCAGAUGUACAAAAGCAAGUCCCGUGUUCAAUCUGACGUGUGAGGGCCCCAACAGCCCUGAGGCCUGGCUUAACAUGUCCUGGAGCCCUCCUGCAGGAAACAUGAUAGGCCUUACUGUCAACAUUUCCAAGGACAACAGUCAGAUCAACAGUUUCAACCCUGGGGUCCAGUGCAACCAAAUGUGCACGUACAGUGUCUCCAACCUGAGUCACUACACAGAAUACAAAGUGGCUGUCGAGACGCUGGCCUGUGGCCCUCCGAGCGAGAUCCGAUAUUGCACCGAAACUACAGGCAUUACAAGUCCACCAAUCCCAGCCAACGCUUCAAACCUGGUGCACAUCACCAAAACACAACACGACAGUUUCACGGUUCAAGUUAACCCCAGUCUCCUGGACAACAGGAAUGGACCAAUCACAACAUGGGGUGUGCUGGUGACUUCUGAUACCAGCAAUCCAGUGACCAACCUUUCUGUGUACCUGAAUAAGACCUACAAAGACUCAGAUAAAGCAUACCUGGCAACCAUCCAAAAUAUCUCUGGGUCCAGCCGCAGCGGAGGAGACUACCUGACCUUAGACAUAGGUGAUGGAACUUCUUGUCAAGGCUAUAGCAACCCUGCCCUGAAACCACUGCACACGUACAGGUAUGCCAUAGUGUUGUUCACUCUGCUUGAGAUCCAGCCCCGGUCAAAUCUUGUGAACGUGGCAACGUCUUUUUUCACAGUGACCGAGUGGUACCACACUGACAAUCUGCCACAAAGCCCAGUUGUUAUUGGCAUCGCGGUCGGGGCUUCGCUUGGAGUUUUCGCCGUCCUCUUUAUCAUCCUGAUCGGCUUUGUCGUAUACUGGAUGAGACGGAGACAGAAAGACAACUCGGACAUCCAGAUCCACUCCCUGAGGGCUAAAGUCAGUGUGGCGGUGAAGGUAGAGGACUAUGAAGCCUACUACAAGAAGCAGAAAGCUGACUCCAACUGUGGCUUCGCUGAGGAGUUUGAGGAACUUAAGCCUGUCGGCACAGUCCAAGCUAAAAACAGUGCUCUGGCUGUGGAAAACAAGCCAAAGAAUCGUUACAACAAUGUUCUGCCCUACGACUCCUCUAGAGUGAGACUCUCCACCCAGGGGAGUGGGUUCGAUGACUACAUCAAUGCUAACUACAUCCCGGGAUACAACUCCAGGAAGGAGUUUAUUGCGGCCCAGGGUCCGUUGCCUGUCACGGUGGACCAGUUCUGGAGGAUGAUCUGGGAGAAGAACGUCCUGACCCUGGUCAUGCUGACCCGCUGCAACGAACAGGGACGAGUGAAAUGUGAGGAAUACUGGCCGGCCGACACAAAGCACUUUGAAAACAUCACUGUGACAACCACUUCCGAACUCCCCCUUGAAGACUGGACUAUUAGGGAGUUUGACGUAAAAAAUGUGAAGACAGCAGAGACUCGCUCAGUGCGCCACUUCCACUUCACCGCCUGGCCGGACCACGGCGUGCCUGAGACCACAGAGCUGCUUAUCAACUUCAGGCACCUGGUCAGGGAGCACAUGGAUCAAUUCUCCCGCCACUCCCCCACCAUCGUCCACUGCAGUGCUGGUGUGGGCCGUACAGGCACCUUUAUAGCCAUAGACCGUCUCCUCUUCCAGAUUGAGAGGGACAGCAUGGUUGACGUGUAUGGAACCAUCCAUGACCUACGCAUGCACCGACCUCUAAUGGUGCAGACAGAGGACCAGUAUGUGUUCCUAAACCAGUGUGCUGUGGACAUCAUCCGAUCCAGAACUGGAACAAAUGUGGACUUAAUCUACCAGAACACUGCUGCCCUCACCAUCUACGAAAACGUUGAACCCAAGAAAAAUCCUGAUAAAAAUGGCUACCACAAUGCCUAAGCAGUGGCAGCCGUCCUCUGUUCAGUUCCUCUCUUCAUCCAACUCUCCGUAGCUCUCAAAUACUCUAGUUUCAGAAAAACCAAUAGGAGUUAGAAAAGAGAACGUUUUAACAAAAAAAGUGUGUUUAUUUUUCUAUGCCAUCCUAUACACUCGAGUCCAUUCUUUGAUUUAUAUUCUGUAUUUUCUAAUUUAUUAAAUGUAUGAUGUAGGAUAAUCUAUGCAGAUAACAUGCAGACAACACAAAAUUCUAUUUUAUGACCCAAAAAAGUAUGUAUAUAAAAUGUUAUCUUAUAAUUAUGUUCAUGUUUUCUUAUAUCUGCACAUUUUUGAUAUGUCCAAGAUUUUUUAUAUUUUCUUGCUUGCUAGUACGGUUAUUUCAUUCAUCAAUUUAUUUAAAAAAAGAUUUGCUCAGGUAAUGAUGUGAGAUAUGUGAAUGCUGUAUAGUUACAGGAAGUUAAGGGAUCGUAUGUUGGUGGGUUGACUGAAUAUCUCUUUACAACCUGGUAUUGGACCUCGCCACCAACUAUGCUGCGAGGUUUGGACUCUUUAAGGCCUCUAGAUGGUGCAAUUACAUUAUCUUGAACAUGAUAUGAGGCCAUUGCAUAGGAGUUUCAGUUUUGAUGAACGAAAGAGCAGUCUGUAAGGGAAUAUUUUCGUAUUCUGUAUUUAUGCAAUGCUCUGCUCAUGCACUGGAUGCAUCUGCAAUAAAAACAACUCUGUAGUUUUUACAUGGAAAGUCUGUAAGACGUGUGUUCUUGUUGCUGUAAAUGUGAGCUGCAGAGAGACUUCUCCAGGGAGUGUAGGGUAUGCCAGUCUGGUUGUGAGACUUCUCCAGGGAGUGUAGGGUAUGACAGUCUGGUUACAUUUACAUUUAGUCAUUUAGCAGACGCUCUUAUCCAGAGCGACUUACAGUAAGUACAGGGACAUUCCCCCGAGGCAAGUAGGGUGAAGUGCCUUGCCCAAGGACACAACGUCAGUUGGCAUGACCAGGAAUCGAACUGGCAACCUUCGGAUUACUAGUCCGACUCCCUCACCGCUCAGCCACCUGACUCCCUGGUUGCCCUUCUUAACAUCGUCACUGAGAGGCCACAGGUUAAACACAUUCUGAUGUGUUUAUUCUGAAAAGGAAAUGUCUUCUCUCUCCCUGCUGUGCAUCUCAUCUAUCUUUAGACAUUCCUGCGAUCAUGGCAGGAGGAAAUGCUUUAUUUUCAGUUCCUAAAGGGCAGAACUUUCCAUGAGGGCUACCUUCUUGUUUUAGAACUGUGAUUCUACUGUAUUCUUACCUCUUACAUUUACAUUUAGUCAUUUAGCAGACGCUCUUAUCCAGAGCGACUUACAGUAAAUACAGGGACAUUCCCCCCGAGGCAUGACCGGGAAUCGAACUGGCAAACCUUCAGAUUACUAGCACGAUUCCCUAACCGCUCAACCACCUGACUCCCUCUUAAAGCCACUAAGCCACUACACUGCUUACUGUUUUACUUGUCUAUGUAUGGUGUACAGCCUUGUUAUAAAAUGUUUAGGUAUAAUUAAGAGCACUUGUAUGGUAUAAGUAAACAAAAUGGCAAAUUCCGUAAGGGAACUCAAAAGUUUGAUGUUGUUAGGUUAUUACGUGUUUAAAGAUGUUUAAAUGCUGUGUGUGAGACGCUCGCUGGUCCAAGGCAGAAGAUGAACAAGGGGAUGACUUACUGCCUGCUUAUCCAUCUGUCACCAAAAUUGAAAUAAAGAUGUUGCACUUUUUUCUUUC